UCACAGAUUGUCUUCAUGAUGACCAUCAUCUCUCUGCUCCUGCUGGCCUCUCUGCUGCCACACCUGACCUUCACUGCUGAUGUGGAUGUGGGUAUAGUAAAUGGCAGGGAAGCAAAACCCCACUCCAGACCUUACAUGGUUUCCAUUCAAUUGAAUGAGCGACACAUCUGUGGUGGAUUCCUCAUUUCUGAUCAGUGGGUCUUGACUGCUGCACAUUGCUGGAAAGGAAAUGUGAUUUUGACGGUUGUUGUUGGUGCUCAUGACUUAAGCAACAGUAUGAGUUUGAACCACAGCAGUGUAAAGAACUACAUCCCGCAUCCAGACUACAAACCUAAAAAUGACAUCAUGCUUUUGAUGCUAUAUAAAAAAGUCAGACUAAACAACAAUGUUGGACUGAUAUCAUUGCCAAAGGACAGCAAAAACGUCAAUGUGGAUACUCUCUGUAGUGUUGCGGGCUGGGGAAGACUGUGGAUUAAUGGCUCACCGAGCAAUCAUCUAAUGGAGGCAAACGUGACUAUACUGAAUCACAAAAAGUGUAAACGUAAAUGGGGAUCCAGCUACUCGGCCUUGAAGAUGAUCUGUGUAUAUGGUGGUGGUGGAUCCUGCAAAGGGGAUUCUGGAGGACCCUUGGUGUGCAAUAAUGUCGCAGUUGGUGUUGUUUCAUUCACCGAGGUAAACAACUGUGACUUACCCAAACGACCAAAUGUCUACACCAAGAUUUCCACAUUUCACAUUUCUAAGUUGAAUAAAACCUGCACACUGCCCAAGGGUGAUUCUGGAGGUCUGCUGGUGUGCAAUUCAAUGGCAAUCUUUUAUUGA